GUAAGAUAGGUAGGUGGUAUUUGUUGGUUUUGGAUUCCGUUGUUGUUUCUGACUGAUAUCCAUCUCUCUUGAGACGGCAAUUACGCAGAACCAUGAUGGAUGUCGAGUGCGGCGAGAGGAGGCUUGGGUACCGUAUGCAUGAGGCUGGCGGUAAACUCCUACGAGCCGCUCUCUGGAUGCUGGUACUAUUUUUUGCACACGCCUGCAUGUCUUCCGCUUCCCGCACCCCACAACAGCCAUUCCCGCUUUGGGAUGUUCUUCUUCGAGAUACUUGUGUUCUCGCUGCAUCUACGAGAGCUGGCGAAGUCACGGCACAGUACCGCACCAUGCCCUAAGCGAACGGUGAGAGAGAGCCUGUUGGGCCCUCGACACCUACCUCCCUACCUUACCUACACACCUCAUCACCGUUGCAAGUGUAAUCUCGCAUUUUCUUACCUUCUCUCUUCGUCCUGUCUCUUGUCCUUACUGCCGCCAGUGGCCGGUGAUUUCUCUUCUAUUGUCACCUUAUCCACGGACCCCCCCUGUCUAGCCCCCAGGUCCUCUUCGAGUUAACCGCCCUACGAGUACUUCCGCGUGCUCCACAGGGUCUGCUUGGUAGCCGCCCGCUCUUCAAACAGACGCCAUUUCGAAACCCAUCAGCCAUUAGCAGAGGCCGCUGGCCGCUCAUCAAGGUCUUUCAGAUACAGAUGCGUAGUUUCAUCAGUCCAAGCUUUCCUGUCACUAUACUGCUCGUUUCAGAUCUCCUACCCCGGUCUUGGGUGCCCUUCCCUUUUUGGCAACCAGAGAUCAAAGCCUGGGUCUUAUUCUCUUUCCACCCUUGUUUCUUUUCCGGUCUCCAUCUUGAGCCUGAGAUACUAUAAGUCGACCGCCUCUCCUUCUCUCCUCGGCCGGCCUUCUCUAGCCAGUCAUUCAGUCCUCGAGCCCUUCGACCCGCCUCACCGCGACCCCUUUCUUCUUUUUUUCCUCUCCAUUGUUCAUUUUGUCAUUGUCAGGUUUUCCUACUCUGGUCUCAUCUGGUUUUCUGGUCUCAUUUGGUCUUGAAGAGUUUCCUCAUCAUCGUCUCCUUGUUGUCAUCAUCAAACUGGGUUGCCGGCCUACCUUUUCUUUGUUAACGACAACAACAACUACAACAUCAUAAACCGACCCACGAAGCCCGCCUGAUAAGUAAUACACUCGACCCGGGCCAAACAGAAACGCAAGAUCGUCACCGCACCAAUAAGGACCGAGGAGGCGAAAAACAUAGCAUGCCCAACUUGACUCGGGCACCAAGCAGCAGCGGAAGCAACGCCAAUAGCAACAACACAUACUACCAUUACCCCGACGUCACAUCGGCGCCCGACACAAUGUCUUACUACCAACCCACCCGGCAGCUCUCCGGGUUCUACUCGGACCUCACCACCACCGCCGGCGGCAACCCCAUGAUGGCCGCUUCAUACGAUCCCUACGCUGUCAACCCCGUCGGCCAUGCGGUCCCGUCCCUGCAGAUCUCCACCCACCACCAACCACCCCACAUGGGCGGGCCAGUAGGAGGCACCCUUCCCACUCAGCACCGCGCUUCCUCGGGGGCGUGGAACCAGGAAGACGACCGCACCCUCCUUGCUCUGAGGGCGAUGGGCAAGAACUGGAACCAGAUUCAGCGGGAGGCCUUUCCGGGGAAGACGGGGAACGCCUGCAGGAAGAGACACGAGAGGUUGAUGGAGAGGAGGGGACAGAACGAUUUCGACAACAGGAAGCUGGAGAGGUUGUGCAAAGAGUACAUGAGCAUGCGCAAGGAGAUUUGGCAGCCCUUGGCGGCGAGGUGUGGGGAGAAGUGGAACGUGGUUGAGAUGCAGUGCAUGUCCAACGGCCUAAAAAAUAUCCAAUCCCACGCCCGCGCCUACGCCCGUCGUGAGAGGUUAGAGACUGGCCAACCUUUGCCUUCGAGCUACGACGAUGACAUUGGGCUCGGGGCUCUCACUCCUAUCGACGAUGUGGCGGAACAGAGUUAUUCCUCUCCUGAAACUACGGGGUCUACGGGUGCGCAUAGCACUCCCGGCGCGGCGAGCAGCAACGGGAGCAGCGGGCAUGGGAUGGGGCAUCACUAUGGGGGCAUGCCGCAGUAUCAUCAGAGUUAUGGGCAUCACACGGGGUAUGGGCACGGGUACAGCAACAGUGUGUCGAGCACGGGGACGGCGUAUGGUGGGCAGCAGCAGACGCAGCAGCAGCAGCAGCAGAGUCAGAAUGGGGGGCAGAGUCAAGGGGCGAGUCCGUAUAUGGGGCACGGGGGGAGAUUGCCUAGCGUUGGGGAUAUGGGGAUUGAUGCUAUGCUUAAUCGGGGGCAGCAGCAGUGAUUUGGUUUUCUCUUUGACUUUUGGGAUAAGGAGUUUUUUGGUCGGGGGUUUGGCUUCAAAAAAGGCGUUCGGGAGGUGGUUGGGUGAGUUCGGAAUUAGGGUUCCGGAUCGGGGUCGGGUUCGGGCUUUACUGUUUCUUCCUUUUUUUUUCUACCUUUUUUUUUCUACUUACCUUUUCAUCUUUUGGCAAGGCGUUGGGUUCCGGAUCGGAGGGCUUUUUCUUCUUGUCUCUUGUUCUGUCUCUAUCAGAUACCACACCAUUCCUUGGCAUUUUUCUUUUUUCCUCAUAGUCAUCACUUUUUCCUUUGUCUUAACUCCUACUUAUCA